CUGGUAGGUACGUGUGAGCACCUACCAGGAGCCAGAAAGCUUGCUGGACCCAGAAGGAAGCUCUCCCUAUCAGGUAGCUGGCUGGAGCCCUGGGGCUGCGGGGGAGGCUGGUGUGGAGGGAGCUGGCGAACUGCCUCUCUUCCCUGGGACCCAGCAGUCCCCUGGCCAGCGCUCCUGAGUCGGUGCCAGCCCCCCGCCCCCCCCCCCGAGCUGUCGGGCCACAGAACUGAGGAGGCACUGCCACUUCUGGCCCUGCCACCCGGAGGCUGCCCAGAGCCAGGACGCUUAGUGCCUGGCCACUGCGCUGCUCCUGAGGGCCUGCCAGCUCCUGUCAGUGCUAAGGAGGCCUUCCUGUCGGUCCCAGGGACACCACAGCCAUCUCCAGGCUGAGGCCUGGGACAGUGGAGAGCAGCCAGUGUCCACACCUGGAGGGCACCGUGAGCAGGGCCUCCCCGCCUCACUCUGACUGACUGAGGGGAGGCUGGGGUGUGGCAGCACCACUGUUUGCACCCCCACCAGGGGCAUGCCCCACAUGGAGGCUGGGCCUGGAACGUGAGGGGCAUCAUGGGGGGCUGGCACACAGCUUGGCACACAGCCGGCCACACAGUCAGGCCUCUCAGCACCUGUGGCUCACGGGGUGGUCACACUAGCCUGCAGGGGGAGUGCCCACGGCCGGGAUAUUCACUUGACAGUCUCCGUGAAUCCUGCCCGACCCUGUGGGGGGACAGGUCCACUCCACAUCCUCAGCGGCUUGGCCCGGAAGGACCCGUGGCACUCUGUGUACUCCCACAGUGGACCGCUGUGCCUGACUGCCCUGCGAGGGAAUGGAGGGCCCAGGGGACAGUGGAGGGACUGGGCGUGGUGGCUGGAAGUGCCCCAUCACUCUGUUCCUGGUCCCUGGGGAGACCCGAGGGUCACCGCUGUCAUGAGGAAGAGGACACCAGGUCUGGACCCAGCCCAGGUUGGGCAGCUCUGGUUUCCCCUCUUGGCGCCUGGCCCCUGAGGCAGGUGCAGGAGACAGGCAGGCAGUCUGAGCAGGGCCAGCCCGUGGGUCCCACCCUUGGACAGGUACCAAGGGGCACCUUUGGGAACAGGAAGCAAACUUCACCCCACAAGGCCCCUGGACCUGCGUCUGUAAAGACCCCAGUCAGGCCGUUCACCCUGGCGAUUCAAGUGGCAGUUACUAGUUCCCAAGCCCACCCUGCAGGUCUGCUGAAGGCUACCUGAGGCUGAAAGUGAGCAGCCUCAUGGCCCCAAGACUUGCCCAGGGCACUUGGAAGCCUGGACAGGCGGGGCCUCUGACCACGGGACAAGGGAGCUCCUGCACCGUCCUCGGUGCAGGGCACUGGACUGGCUCCCCUCCUGCCACCUCCCAGCCACCCCAAGGGAGCGUCAGUCGCCAGGACUGCGGGCUAGGGUGGGAGCAGGGUGGCCCAGGUAGCCCAGGACGCGCCGCAGCCAGCGGGUGAGGACCCUGCCUGUUGGGGCCUUGGGGCUCCUGGCAGCAGGAAUCAGAGGAGCAGUAACUGGAUCCUGCCAAGGACCUGGCGGCCACUGAGGGUGGAGGGCUGCGAUCGGGUUGCGCCCGUGCUGAGUUUUCCACUGGGUGGCUUUUUCUACCUUGGGAAGGACUGGGCUGGCCCAGAGGUGGUGGACAGGAAGGAGAGAGGCCAAGAGGUAUGGACAUAGGGUUCCUGACUUGGGCCCCAGCAGCUGUGGGAGAAGAUAAGGUGGCUAGCCUGCUGUCCAGUCCUGCAGGGCGUCCGGCUCCAGCCCCCGUGUGAGCCAGGAGAGGCUGCAGCCCCAGCCGGGGUGACGAACGGCAGCCGCUGCCACUAAGCCGGCACACUUCCGACACGCCCUCCCCACCGCCCUCUACUGCCCACUGGCCACGUAAGAGCUGCCUGGGUGGCCAAGCUGCUGGCCAGACGGUGUUGGAGCAGGUAGCAGGGUCCAUGACGACAGCGGGCCCUGGGGGCCAAAGGCCAGUGGAGCAGAGCUGGGCCUCUGGGAGGCCCCGGGGCCUGUGAGCACUCAGAGAGAGCUUCCCCAGCCCCUGCAGAGACCUGGCCAGCCUGGAAGAUGCCCACCAACGGCCUGCACCAGGUGCUCAAGAUCCAGUUUGGCCUGGUCAAUGACACUGACCGCUACCUGACAGCCGAGAGUUUUGGCUUCAAGGUCAACGCCUCGGCACCCAGCCUCAAGAGGAAGCAGAUGUGGGUGCUGGAGCCAGACCCAGGGCGGGGCACGGCCGUGUUGUUCCGCAGCAGCCACCUGGGCCGCUACCUGUCGGCAGGAGAGGAUGGGCGGGUGGCCUGCGAGGCAGAGCGGCCAGGCCCUGACUGCCGCUUCCUGGUCCUGCCACAGCCCGACGGGCGCUGGGCCCUCCAGUCAGAGCCACACGGCCGCUUCUUCGGAGGCACUGAGGACCAGCUGUCCUGCUUCGCCACGACUAUCUCCCCGGCUGAGCUGUGGACUGUGCACCUGGCCAUCCACCCACAGGCCCACCUGCUGAGCGUGAGCCGUCGGCGGUAUGUGCACCUGUGCCCUCAGGAGGACGAGAUGGCCGCAGACGGCGACAGGCCCUGGGGUGUGGAGGCCCUGCUCACCCUCAUCUUCCAGAGCCGGCGGUACUGCCUCAAGUCCAGCGACAGCCGCUACCUGCGCAGCGACGGCCGACUGGUCUGGGAGCCUGAGGCCCGUGCCUGCUACACACUCGAGUUCAAGGCCGGGAAGCUGGCCUUCAAGGACUGUGAUGGCCGCUACCUGGCACCCAUGGGGCCUGCUGGCACGCUCAAGGCUGGACGCAACACGCGGCCCAGCAAGGACGAGCUCUUUGACCUGGAGGAGAGUCACCCACAGGUGGUGCUGGUGGCCGCCAACCACCGCUACGUCUCCGUGCGGCAAGGGGUCAACGUCUCAGCCAAUCAGGAUGAAGAGCUAGACCACGAGACCUUCUUGAUGCAAAUUGACCAGGACACAAAGAAGUGCACCUUCUAUUCCAGCACUGGAGGCUACUGGACCUUGGUCACCCAUGGGGGCAUUCAGGCCACAUCCGCACAAGUUUCUGCCAGUACCAUGUUUGAGAUGGAGUGGCGUGGCCGGCGGGUGGCACUCAAAGCCAGCAAUGGACGCUAUGUGUGCAUGAAGAAGAAUGGGCAGUUGGCAGCCACCAGUGACUUUGUGGGCGAGGACGAGGAGUUCAUCCUCAAGCUCAUCAACCGGCCCAUCCUGGUGCUGCGUGGCCUGGACGGCUUUGUCUGCCACCGCCGAGGCUCCAACCAGUUGGACACUAACCGCUCGGUCUACGACGUCUUCCACCUGAGCUUCUGCGACGGCGCCUAUCAGAUCCGAGGCCGCGGCGGCGGGUUCUGGUACACCGGCAGCCACGGCAGCGUGUGCAGCGACGGUGAGAGCGCCGAGGACUUUCUCUUCGAGUUCCGCGAGCGCGGCCGCCUGGCCAUUCGUGCGCGCAGCGGCAAGUAUCUGCGUGGCGGCGCCUCGGGGCUGCUACGCGCAGACGCAGACGUGCCCACGGGGGUCGCGCUUUGGGAGUACUGAGGACCAGCCGCGAGCGUGCAUUAAACCGCGUCUGACAACUGCUGUGAGCUCUGGGUGCCCCCUGGGUUCAGAACGGUUGUCUCGCAGGAUGGCUGGGCUACGUUGCUGAGCACUGGGCACUUUUGUCCCUGGGAAGACCCUGGCCCGCUGCAGCCCCUCCCUGCAUCCUCUGUCCAGGGACUCCUUCCUGCAGUGGGCCACUCACCCUUCCUUCCAUAGCUGGGAGUCCAGAGAGAACCCCCCAUUCUGGACAGUCACCACCCUGGUCCUCCUCUGGUUCCCUCACCUGCCUUGGGUGCUGUCAUGUCUUGGCACACAGACCCUCCUUCAGGAGAGACACCCCAAACCCCUGCCGCUGACCUGGGCAGUCCCCACCCUUCCCUGGGGCCUGGAAUGUCCUCCAAGGCAGGUGAUGCCCAAUGAGGGAUACGAAUCUGGGCUGAGGGUCCCCUAGGGCUGGGAUCUGCCCACUGCCUGGAACAAGAGUCUGCCCUUGGCUUCUCCAGAGGGGUUAUCCCUGGGGUGAGUGCUGGGCAGGUCAGUUAACCCUUGGAGGGCCAGACAUGGGGAACCUGAGUGGGCCAGGAGGGGCAGGUAGACCCAGCGUGUCCCAUGGCCUGACCCCAUGGUCAGUCAGGCUGGAACCAGGUGGCUUUUGUCCCACUGUCCUUCCCAGGUAACUGAACAGUACUGAUGCCUCAGAGAACUUAUCUUUAAGAAUGCCCUCCAGGGCAUCGGGGCUGGGAGGGGCUUCAGCCUGCACAGUGCACAGGCAUUGCACUGGCUCCACAGGAUGGCAGACCAGUGCCCCUGGCCAGGUCUCAUUCUGGGUCUGUGUGUCAUGUCCAGCUAAGGCCUGACAGCAUCACUGCUCUAAGACAGCGGCCUCUUGGAACAUCUGCUCUGGCUCCUGAGACUGGCUGGUGCCUGCUGGGGAAAGGGGAGCCCUGCAGGCAGCCCAGACCCCACCAUCUCUGGGAUCCCCACAGCCUACGAUGGCAAGGGAGGCACUGGGAGGUGUCAAGUAUGACAGGCAGAAGCCAGCACAGCCUAGGACAUGUCACCUUCUCCAGGGCAGAUGGACGCAGGCCUUGCAUAUCCUGGGGGCUGGACUGGCCUCUUCAUCCUUGCAAGACACAGACAAGAGCACUGGACAAAAGCUGGAGCCAGAGGCUUCCACCUGUCCUGUUGGGACAGCUGCGAUGAGGUCCUGGGCAUGCCAGGCCAGGCCAGAGCUCCUUCGAAGGCCAGCCCUUCCCCAGCCCUGGAGCAAGUGGCUCUCCCUGCAAAUGCCUGGCCUUGUUACCAGGGCCAUGUCUGGUGGAAACGGGGGCUCUCACAAAGGCAGACCCGCUCCACCCUCAGCCUCCCUCCCUGCAGAGCCCUCUUGGCCCUCCAGAGAUACCACAGGGCAGACCCUCAGCAAGAGCAGCCCUGGUUGAGGGUAACUGGGUGCUGCAAAAGAUGCCCUUCCGCAGGGAGUCCCAGUCGAGGGGCCUCCUGCUGGCCCCAGGGCCAUGGAGAGAGCAGCUCUGGCAGGGGUCCAGCAGAGCAGGGUGGGUGCUUCUUGGAGGGUGCCGAGAGGUAAAAACCAGCCAAGGCCCAAGCUCAACAUAAAUGGUCACUUGUCAGCAAAGCACCUCACAGCACCUGCUGUGCCCAUCGCCAACAGUGCUCACAACAGGAGUGGGCACGCUCCACAGAAGUCCAGACACACAGCCACCCUGAUAGCAAAAACAGCACCAGCAGCUGGGCACUGCCCGGCUGAAGGAAGAGGCUGGGGGCUGGGCUGCUGGGCUGCCCAGGUUUGCAGUCCCUGGCCCCGGGUGACCCUAGAGCAGCACAGUGCCGGGUGCGGCUCAGGCACGGCACCUCGCUGUGAGCACCCUGGCAUGCGCCACCCUGCUAGCCCUUCAUCAGUGAGGCAAGAAGCCACUGGCACCUGUAGGAGCCCCACGUCUCUGUGCUUUGGUUGCAGGGUACCCUCCCACCUGGUGGCACCAGAGGGGCAGCUGGUGCUCCUAGGGUGUGGGGGGAACAGCAGCAAGUCAUGAACCCACCCCAAGUCCCAAGCCCAGAAGCUCCUGUCCCUCCACGGACUGCCUGCUCCUGCUGGGGCUUCAGAACUUCAGGGGAUGAGAUGCUGCCAGGCGAGCUUCAAGGCCUGGGCAGAGUGCCUAGCAGUGUGGCAGGGUGCAGCCAGCUGCUGGGGAAGGGAAAGCGUGGGCGUUGGUGGAGUCCAAGUGCAGACACCCCGGACUGCUUCCCACCCACUUCCUGGUGCCACAUGCAGGGGCGGGGACAGUCCAGGUCUUUCUCCGAAUAACCAGCAAGGGUCCACGGGUUGCUGGAGAGGGCUAGAGGAGGCCUGGACUCACCUGCUCACAGCAGGACGAGGCUGGGGCUGCGCAGCUGCUUGUACACCUGCAGGAGCCUCUGCGCUGUGGCGCAGGAGCUGGCUUCAUCUUCUGUGCACAGCCGGUCACGCAGGGCCUGCACCUCCCGCAGCAGUACCUACGUGGGCAGCACAGCUGGGUAGCUCUCAGCAUCCGUCUGCACAGGGGCCUGCCAGGGACACUCCUCCCUGCCCAGGCUGGCAGGACAGCCUCCCACAGGUGCUCACCUCAUGGUUGGCAUGGAUCUGGCGAAGAUACUGCAUGCGGAGGUCCGGUGGGCUGGAGUUCUGGGCAGCCUGCUCCCUGACCAUUGCCUAGAGGAGACAGUGGGGGCUGAGGGAUGUGGAGGGUGCUGCCCACUGUCUGUCCUAAAGGUGUCUGCACUAGCAGGCCCUCAUGCCCAUCGGGCAGGGUGAGGCCUCCCCACCUGCCCGCAGCCGGCUCUCCAGCUCAUCCCCCCUGCUCUGCCCUGUGCAGGACCGGCCCCGACCCCCACUGUUUGGUGUGACCGUCUUCUCAGAGCCGCAGCGGCAUGUGAACCCCACCCGAUAACCAGUUAUUGACAAUAAAUUUCUAUUUGGUCCUUCUCC